CUCGCACGCAGUAACCCACGCAGAAGCAGAGAUGUCCUCCUCCUGCUCGCCACGUGCUUCCCCCAUCUCUUUAACAGCUCAGCGGAGGAUCUCCUCUUGCCAAUUAAAACCCCUCACUUAAAGCCCUCACCUACUGCUCUCCACCUUUCUAUACUCGCUUUCGAGCGGAGAUGCGGAGGGCGGUGACCGCACCACCCUCCCCUAACCGCCGUCCGAGAUGACAACCCGCCGCUGUUUCCUCCUCGCUGCCGCCACCAGCCUCUUCCUCCUCUUCCGCCUCUCUCCGGUCUCGCCGGCUACGGCGGAGGAGAAGGAGCUCCUCCUCGAGUUCAAGGGCAACGUCACCGCCGACCCCGGUGGCGCCCUCGCCUCUUGGUCUGCCACCCCCGGCCGCGACCCCUGCGGUGACUUCGCCGGCGUCACCUGCGGGCCCUCCGGCGACGUCGAGAAGAUCCUUGUCCACAACGCUUCCCUCGCCGGCACCCUCUCCGCCGCCCUCGCCGGCCUCCCCUCACUCCAGAUCAUCUCCCUCUUCGGCAACCGCUUCUCUGGCGGUAUCCCGUCGGAGUUCGCUGCCCUCACCACCCUCCACAAGCUCAACCUCAGCAAAAACGAGCUAUCCGGCACCGUCCCUUCGUUCCUCGGCGACUUCCCCAGCCUCCGCCUCCUCGAUCUCUCCAUGAACUCCUUCUUCGGCGAGAUCCCCGAGAACCUCUUCAAGAACUGCUUCAAGACCCGCUACGUCUCCCUCUCCCACAACAAUCUCUCCGGCCCGAUCCCGGCCUCCAUCGCCAACUGCGCCAACCUCGUCGGAUUCGACUUCUCCUUCAACAAUCUCACUGGCGAGUUCCUGCCCGAGAUCUGCGAGCCGCCGGCCAUCAACUAUGUCUCGCUGAGGAACAAUUCCCUCUCGGGAACCGUCGCCGAUAAGGUCUCCAGGUGUCCAAGCUUGGACCUUUUCGAUCUUGGGAGCAACUCCUUCUCCGGAUCGGUCCCUUUCGAUCUCCUGGCCCUCCAAAACCUCAGCUACUUCGACGUGUCUUCUAAUAAAUUCCAGGGAGAAAUCCCAGCGAUCAACACUUGCAGCGCGAGAUUAGGGCAUUUUGAUCUCUCCAGCAAUGCAUUGGAUGGUGGCAUCCCUUCCGGCAUCACGAAUUGCCGAGCGCUGAAGUAUUUUGAUUUAAGCUUCAAUGAGCUCAGUGGAAGUAUUCCGGCCGACAUUGGGAGUUUGAAGUCUCUCAAUGUUCUCAGGUUGGGGAAUAAUGCUGCCAUUGGAGGCUCAAUUCCACCGGAGCUUGGCAGUGCUGAGCUGCUCCAGAUUCUGGACCUCAAAAACCUUCAACUUUCCGGCGGGAUUCCCGGUGCCCUGAGCCAAUGCCGGUUCCUUCUCGAGCUGGACUUAUCAGGAAAUCAUUUGCAAGGAGGAAUCCCUGAUGCUGUUUAUAACAUCACCUACCUCCAAUACCUCGACCUCCAUCGAAACCAGCUCGACGGGAGCAUCCCGGCAGUAAUUGGGGACCUCGCAAAGCUCAAAUUCCUCGAUCUCUCUGAGAAUUCGCUCACAGGAACUAUCCCUGACUCACUGGGGAAUCUAACACUGCUAACCCAUUUCAAUGUCUCUUACAACAAUCUCAGUGGUGCCAUCCCGUCCUCUCCCACCAUCCAACAAUUUGGACCCUUGGCUUUCUCUCACAAUCCAUAUCUCUGUGGCCCCCCUUUAGAAAAUUCCUGCUCGAGUGGUCGUUCCCGGCGAACAAGGCUGUUGAGCACAACCGCCAUAGUGGCCAUUGUUGCCGCCGCGGUGAUUCUUAUCGGUGUCUGCGUGGUCACUGUUAUGAACAUCCAGGCAUAUAGGAAGAAGAGAGGGGAGGAAGAGAUUCUGGUUUCUGAGAGCACCCCUCCACCUUCCACUGAUUCAAAUGUGAUCAUUGGAAAGUUGGUUCUUUUCAGCAAGAGUCUACCUUCCAAGUAUGAAGAUUGGGAGGCAGGGACCAAGGCACUGCUUGAUAAGGACUGCCUGGUUGGUGGCGGAUCAAUUGGAACUGUCUAUAAGGCCAGCUUCGAGGGCGGCAUCUCCAUCGCUGUGAAGAAGCUUGAGACACUCGGGAGAAUCAGAAACCAGGAUGAGUUCGAGCAGGAGAUGGGCCGGCUAGGUGGCCUCAGGCACCCCAAUCUGGUGGCAUUCCAAGGCUACUACUGGUCGUCCACAAUGCAGUUGAUUCUAUCUGAAUACGUCCCCAAUGGGAGCCUCUAUGACCACCUCCAUGGUUCUCGCAUUGUCCAUUCCGGUGGCAGUAGCAGUGGUGGCAGGGGAGAGCUGUUCUGGUCUAGGAGAUUCAAUAUUGCUCUCGGAAUUGCGAGGGCUCUCACCUAUCUUCACCAUGACUGCAGUCCCCAAGUCCUGCACCUCAACAUCAAAUCUACAAACAUACUAUUAGAUGAAGGAUAUGAAGCUAAGUUAUCUGAUUAUGGGCUGGGGAGGCUGCUGCCAAUCCUGGGCAACUAUGUCUUAACCAAGUUUCAUAAUGCCGUAGGAUAUGUGGCACCGGAGUUGGCUUCCCAGAGUUUAAGAUAUAGUGACAAGUGCGAUGUCUAUAGCUUUGGGGUGAUUUUGCUGGAGCUGGUCACUGGGAGGAAACCGGUGGACAGUCCGGGGGCAGCAGAGGUGGUGGUGCUGCGUGAUUAUGUGAGAGGGGUGUUGGAGAAUGGCACUGCAUCUGAUUGUUUCGAUCUAAACCUGAGGGGCUUCGUGGAGACCGAAUUGAUUCAGGUCCUGAAGUUGGGGUUGAUCAGCACUUCAGAGGCUCCUUCAAGGCGGCCAAGUAUGGCGGAGGUGGUGCAAUUUUUGGAGUCGAUCAAAACCAAUUCAUGAUGUUGGUGGCAAAGAGGUCAUGCAAGGAUGGAUGUGUGGGGUUGGUGGGAAUUUUGGUGGCUGAUGGAACAGAAGAAUGGUGAUGGGGCCCCAGCAAGUGUGUAGAAUAGAGAGCAAAAAAUUAAAUUCUUUCCUUCAUUCUUUCUUUGGUCACCAUUUUCAUUGGAAUUUGUUUUGUGAAAUUUAGAUUUUUAUUGAAAUAAAAGUUAUUUUGAUCCAUUG